AUGCCGACUAAUAGACGCAACUCCUGGCCUCUGCCGCACUUACCGAUCGUAACGUUGAUUUUUAUGCAACUUUUUUGUUAUGGCCUUUGCAUUGAGAAAUUUACGAACGUGCAAUGCUCCACAUUUGAUGAAAAAUUUGUAGAAUUCGAAAUGUGUCGCUUGCGCGCAGUGAAGCGUGACGUGAAUGAGUUGUCGCUGAAGACGAGAUUUUUAAACACAACGGAGCUGACGCGGAAUGUGACAAUACGCCUACAACUCAUGAAAAAGGCCAGCGGCUAUAAACCCUUUCUUUAUGAUAUAAGCGCCGAUUUGUGUGAAUAUAUGGACAAGCGGAAUCACCCUUUUCUCAACAUUAUUUUCAAUGCAUUCGGUGCUCACUCGUGCCCUCUGAGUAAUGAACUCGUCAUUGAGCACAUGAAAUUUCCCACCGAUAUGCUGAAGGUGCUGCCUCUGCCCUUAGGUGAAUAUGCAAUUUUUGCCACACUUGCAACGGGCGGAAAGAAUCGUGCCGAAGUGAAGGUAUAUUUCAUGUUGGAGAAUUUUAAGGCAUAA